CUCUCUGAAUCAAGCAGCAAAGAUCUUUAUUCUAGGAACUAAAAUAUGAGUUACAGGACUAAAAGAACAUUGGUAGCUAUUGACGAAGGGUCGAGCAUUGCUGCAUCCAAGUCCCCAAAAUCUUCUGAUCCAUCCACCCAAAACUGGGGACCGUUCAGUCCUCCAACACUUGGAGUGUCACAGACAUUUGGGACGGUAUCACAACCCAUUAAGCAACCAGUAGCUGCUAAAAAAACCAUGGUUGCACCACAAUCAUCCUUGCCUCGGCCUACUUCCAUGGUUUCAAAGCCACAACUGAAGGCAUUAUCAAAACCAUCCUUUACCCAGACAAAACCAUCCUCUAACCCAUUACAACAACCAAUUCCGCCCACUCUUACAGGAACAACACAAAGUAGAUGGUAUAAAGGACCUACGUUUCCCAAUCUGACUGAAAUUGCAACACAAAAAACGUCAACACCGAAUCCACACCAGCCUACUAUGCAGCCUGUGUUGCAGCCUUUCAAAGCUACCUUGCAGCCUUCUUUGCAGCCUUUCAAAGCUUCCCAACAGCCUCAAACAGCUACCAAUCAGCCUCAAAAAGCUACCCAUCAGCUUCACAAAGCUACACAACAGCCUCAAAAAGCUACACAACAGCCGGUAUCUUCUUUUACAAGUGUUAAACCACAUUUAGAGAAAAGAGCAUUUGUUGCACCUUUGGGAGCAACAAAACAUGUGAUGUCACAAUCUCCUACACCACCAGACACCAUGGCAAUGAAAAAGAGAACCGGGAAGCAAGAAGGUCAGUUGCCUCCAACAUACAUGCAUGUGAGUGAGAAUGCAUUUCAACCUCUGCGAUCUCCUCCAUCCAAUCAGGUUGAGAGUGAAGUUAUGCCAAACUACAACUGGGACGAAUUUGAAGAAUCGGCUUCUGAGAGUGAAAAUGAAUUUGAUCAAGGAGAAGGAAGUGAUACUGCUGUGAAGAAAGCAACACUUCGACAUCGAAUCAUUAUUCCAAAUUGGCCAGAAUCGAGGGAGUUUGAUGAGAAGGUGGAGGCUAUAGCUAUAGAUGCUGAUGGAAUACGACAUCUGGUAAAGGGACCAGUUCUGCCUCGAGACGUUUGGCAUGAUGCAAAGGGGUUCAGAUACAUUGUCAAGCUCAAUGAAUUCAACCAACCUAUUCGAAAAGGUGGGAAGAUCCUUGUGAGCUUCCUUGGAGAUAUUGCAAAAAAUGAUUCACUUUGUCCAGUGGGAGUCCCAAGUUGGCGUGCUGUGAACAAUCAGUUAAAAACUAAUGUUGUUACAAUGAUUCGGAAACAUUUUGUGUUACCUGAUGGACCUCUAGUUAACAAGGCACUAGUGAUGCGUAUUGACAAACCAUGGAACAAUCAUCGAUACAAAUUGAAGAGGGAUUUUUUCGAUCCAGUGAAUAAAUCUCGAGAAGAGAACUAUGCCAACGUGCCUGAUGGAGUGUCCACUAGGAGUUGGACGGAAUUGGUAGAUUAUUGGCUUUUACCAGAGGCCAUGGAAAAAUCUGAAAUGGGAAAAAAUGCUCGAGCUUUACAAGGCAAUAAGCACAACAGUGGUGCUACAAGCUUUGCUAAUCGAAGAGUUGAUAUGAAAGAGAAGAAAGGAGUGUUUAGCGAAUUGGCAUUUUUCAAAUCAGUUUACGCCAAAGAAGAUGGAAGCUUUAAAGAGGGCACACUUCCUCAUCAAUUUGUGGAGGAUGCCAACAAAAAGGUCCAAGAAAAUCUUGCGAGUUCCUCUUCUUCAAAGCCCGUAAUUGAAAUUGAGAAUUUUCGUUCCCGAGCCCGGAUCUCACCCAUCCGUUUCAAGGAUUCAAGGCCUUAUCCAAAAAUAGAGUCAUUUGCGGUCUUUCUAAACAAGACCUUAAAUAAAGUUUGGUGGCGACUCCUUCGAGGUGCAAAAAUUCAAACGGUUCUCUAAACGAGCCGGCCGGCCUCCUAAACCCCCCCUGUAGGGAACGGGAAAAACCCCCCCUACACUUUCACUAUAAUCAGUGAGUUGAAGAACAUUUUCCAAGAUCUGGCAAGAGUCAAAA